AUGAUGAUGCCCGGGCCUCCAGGAGGGGCGCUUAUCUCCGUGCAAGAGGCGCUGGGCUUAGGGCCGGAGCCGCCAAAGCCGCUUACGGCCGAGGAGGCUGAAGCGGCGGCGGAGGCUGAGAACCUGACGCUGGCGCUGUCGGACAAGAGCGCCACUGGCUUCAAGUGCGUCGGCAAGAUCAAGAAUGGCCGUGCGAGGCCGUACGUGGCGCGGGCGUAUUGCAACGGAAACGAACUCGCCCUCGGCUGCUUUGCCACGCCUCAGGAGGCGGCCCUCGUCAUCGCCCGCCGCGCGGCAGAGGAGGGGGUGGCCACGCCGCUGUGCCAGGCCCUCGCCGAGGAGGGGAUGGCCACCCCCGCCGCUACGCUGGCGCCCAAGAAGCCAAUGUCCCCCGAGGAGGCUGAAGCGGCGGCGGAGGUUGAGGGCCUGACGCUGGAGCUGUCGGACAAGAACGCGACGGGCUUCAAGGGCGUCUCCGAGUUCAAGGGGCGCUCGAGGCCGUACCGAGCCACGGUUAGGUGCGAGGGCGGGGACCUCGUUCUCGGCUGCUUUGCCACGCCUCAGGAGGCGGCCCUCGUCAUCGCCCGCCGGCACCGCCGCGCAGAGGCGCGCGCGGCGAGCGACGGCACGCGCGGCGAGAAGGAGUGCCCCAUCUGCCUCGAGACGCUCGAGCCCUCGACCGGAGGCCUCGUCAAGACUGCGUGCCCCGGCGGCGGCCACAUCUUCCACCGCUCGUGCCUCUACCGCUGCUUUGGCGACGGCUGCACCGCCGACUGUCCCAUGUGCCGCCGCCCCGUCAACAAGGGCGACGAGACCCCGCUGCCGCGGCCCGACGAGACGCCGCCCAAGCAGCGCCGGCUCUCCUGCUUCACCAGCCGCGAGAUGGCCGGGAUGGCCGAUCUCGUCCUGACGCGGCCGAAGCGGGAGGCCCCUUCGGAGGGUGGCCCGUCCAAGCGGGCCCGCUCCACCACCACCUCCGCGGUCGCGGUCCGGCAGGCGGUCGGCGCGCUCCCGCGGCAGAGCUUGCGGGUCUGCAUGCGCAUGGGCCUGCCGACGGAGCACACCGUGCGCUAG